AUGGGACAGAGGAAGGGAUGGAGGGAGGGAAGAAGGAAGGGAUGGAGGGAUGGAUGGAAGGAGGGAUGGAGGGAUGGAUGGAAGGAGGGAUGGAGGGAUGGAUGGAAGGAGGGAUGGAGGGAUGGAGGGAUGGAUGGAAGGAUAGAUGGAGGGAUGGAUGGAAGGAUAGAUGGAGGGAUGGAUGAAGGGUCCAAGGACGAAGGAAGGGAUGGAUGGAGGGAUGGAUGGAGGGUCCAAGGACGAAGGAAGGGAUGGAGGGAGGGAUGGAGGGAGGGAAGAAGGAAGGGAUGGAGGAAGGGACGGAGGAAGGGACGGAGGAAAGGAUGGAGGAAGGGAUGGAGGAAGGCAUUGAGGGAGGGACAGGAAGGAGGAAGGAAUGGAGGGAGGGACAGGAAGGAGGGGAUGGAUGGAAGGAGGGAUAGAUGGAAGGAUGGAUGGAGGGAUGGAUGGAGGGUCCAGGGACGAAGGAAGGGAGGGAUGGAGGGAGGGAUGGAGGAAGGGAAGGAGGAAGGGACGGAGGAAGGGACGGAGGAAAGGAUGGAGGAAGGGAUGGAGGAAGGCAUUGAGGGAGGGACAGGAAGGAGGAAGGAAUGGAGGGAGGGACAGGAAGGAGGGAUGGAUGGAAGGAGGGAUAGAUGGAAGGAUGGAUGGAGGGAUGGAUGGAGGGUCCAGGGACGAAGGAAGGGAGGGAUGGAGGGAGGGAUGGAGGAAGGGAAGGAGGAAGGGACGGAGGAAGGGCGGAGGAAGGAAUGGAGGGAGGGACAGGAAGGAGGAAGGAAUGGAGGGAGGGACAGGAAGGAGGGAUGGAUUGAAGGAGGGAUGGAGGUGGGAAGAAGGAAGGGAUGGAGGAAGGGAUGGAGGGAGGGAAAGAGGGAGGGACAGAGAGGGAGGGACAGAGAGGGAGGGAUGGAGAGGGAGGGAAGGAAGGAGGGAGGGAUGAAGGAAAGGAUGGAGGAAAGGAUGGAGGAAGGGAUGGAGGGAGGGAUGGAGGGAGGGAUGGAUGGAUGGAGGGAUGGAAGGAGGGAUGGAGGAAGGGAUGGAGGGAAGGAUGGAGAGAGGACAGAGAGAUUGAUACCUCUAUCAAUUAAGUUAGAUUUUUAUCUGUAUGAUAUUGUUACAGGUAGUACAGAUUACCUGUGGCUGUCUCGUCACCUCUGUAUCAAUGAUGUCUCCUCACUUUAUACAUCAUGA